GCUGCGCACCGGCAGGCGCGAGGACCGUGUCGCCGUGUCUGUGUCCCGGUGCCCAGCGGCGGAGGUGCCGCGGCCUUGCCAUCGGGAUCCCGGCAUGAGCCGCGCCUGGCAGGCUCUCCGCGCUCUGCGGCUGCGGCUCGUGGGGCCUGCCAAGGAGCUGGUGGGCACCGACCAGUUUGGCAACAAGUACUACCGGGUGCCCAAGCACGAGAGCCGCGCAGGGCAGACUAUACCAGAAAGAAGAUUUGUAGAAACAGUAAAUCGUGAAGCAUAUCAUUAUCAAAUUGGUGACUUUCCAGCAGAAUGGGAAGCAUGGAUAAGAAAAAAAAGAGAAGAUCCACCCACCAUUGAGGAGAUUCUUAGGAAUGAAAAUUACAGAGAAGAAAUGAAGCAGAAAGUCAAGGAUGUAUCUGAAAAGGAUAAGCUGCUUCAGGCCAAGGAGUAUGAGGAAGGACUUGUUGCUGAACCAAGUCAUACUCAGGUUAAAGGCCAUGCAUCUGCCCCUUAUUAUGGAAAGAAGGAGCUCUCACAAGACCCCACAAGCACCGCAAACACCUUCCAGCCAGGUGCCUGGAUGCCACCAGGCAGUGGGAGUAGUCAAAAUAAAUAAGCAAUUUAAUGGACAGAUGUUGUUAAUGGAUAAAUAUGGUAACAGACGACAUACACAGUUGUUAUAUACAAUAGUAAAAUAAAGUAGUAUUAUAAAGCAGUUUCAGUUACUUUUGCAGAACUAUUCAAAUAGGCUUAAUCACAACAAAGUAUUUGGUUUAGUGAAAAACAGGAUGUGUUUCUAAGUUUGGUUAUGAUGGUUACUGUUCAUCAGUUACUCUUGAAUUCAUAGUUAAAAGACUGUCUAAAUUUUCUUAAAUUCUAAAUUGUUUUUUUUCCUUAAGAACAGUUUUAAAACUAAAUUAGUCUUUGAGGUGAGAAUUGUAGUCAGUACACUUACAUUUUCCCAAACCUUGGCCAAGAUCUCUCUUCAGAAUAAAUCCCUUGGCAGUGCCUGCGUGCUUUCUGCUGGCAAGCAGACGGAAAAGUUGAUUUCAUUAACAGGAAUCACUAUGACACUACACUGAUUACACACUGUACUCAUAGUAGAGACGUUCUUGUAACUUACAACAGUCAACAUAUUUGAAUGUUUGAUUUGCAGACAGCAAUUUUCAUAGGGUAAAAUCAAGUUAAGCUACAUAUAACUGCUAUCAUGGAAGUUGGAAGUACUUGAUAAAGCUGCUGGAAAAUAGCACUAGGUCUGGGACAAGGGACUGUCAUGAAUAUUUAACUAAAUAAAUUGGUUUUUAUUCCUGGUAUAUCCGUGGACUUCCCUACAUGUUUAGAUAAUUUUGGCUAUAGUUUAGAGACAUAAAAUGUGCACAUGAUUUGCUUAGAGACGUUUGAGAACUUCAAAUAAAAAUAGAGACCACACAAUUUUUUUUCAAAAAGUAUCAAAUUUAUUUACGGAGCGUAUCCCUCAUCCGUUUUCUUCCCUGUGUUUCAAGCUAUGUGGGUAUCAAAGGUCAAACAUAUUUUUUGACAUAUUUGACAACACCAUACAAAACAUGGAGACUUAAUCUCACAUAUUUAUAAAAUGCCCAAAUGUCAUAUUCUAAUAAUGCUUGCUUUCACCAACAAAAUUGAAAGGGGAUCAACUUCACACUUACUUAAAGUAAUUUCAGUUAGACUCCCCAGUUCUGAUCCCCCUUGGUGUCAGCCAGCUCUAUAAGUCUCUUCAGUUGAACAAUGGUAUUAUUUUAAGGUUUUAUUUUUAAACCUGAUCAAAGAGUAGCUGCUAGAAUGCACAAUUCUAUGCUGCUGUUUAGAAAUAUGUGAAAUGUAAAAUCUCAAUGACUGCUACAAGUUCUUUUGAACUAGACUAUGUAGAGGCCAACACAGACUAUUAUUAAAAAAUUAUUUGAAAAAUUACUCAGUUCUGUUUAGAAGAGAUUAAUUGGAAAUAAGGUUAAAUAAUUUUGAUGUAUUUACAACACAAACCUGACUUUUUUUUUUAUUAUGUCAGCAUCUUGCAACCUGUAAGGCAGCAGAGUUUCAAGGGCCAUGAGAACAAAAGUCCUACCUAAACUCAAGCCUUAGAUCAAAGGUAGCCAGAAGGUUAGCAAGCAGAACUAUUGUCACCUGCUUGUGCAUCAUCCUUGCACAGCCAUCUGCUAUAGGUCUCUGGGACUCAGAACACUAGGCCACCUGGGUCUUUGGUCUCACCCCAUUUAUGGCUAUUCUUUGAGACAUAAGGAGUUCAUGAAGGCAAAAACAAAUUAGUUGUAGGUGGAGCAUUCAGGUGAUUGUUAGGGAAGACCAAACAACAGUACUGUAUUUUACAGAACAUGAGUGCCUUAUGAGAAGUGAAGCUAAUAAGAAGCUAAUACAAACAAGCAAUCAGUUUCCUAGAACUUGAACUAAAGGCUGUUGAUGGCUUGUAGUUCAGGAAACAGGAAAAGCUAAGGUAGGUUAUUUGUGCAGACAAGCACCACCAUCAAAGACACUGCAGCAGCCACUGUGGGCACACACAGCCAUAUGCAGUGACCUUAAAGGAAAUCAGUCAUGUCUGCUAUCAAAUGCUACAGCUAGCUUGUCUCUACAGCCCUGCUCAAGGUAUGCCAAAACUUGCAUUCGUGUAAUCCAGUUUAUUAUUCACAUUUUCCCCUAAACUUGACAAUUUUAAGACACUUGUUAAGUCAUAGCUCAGCUAAGAGAAAAAAAAAAAUCUACCUUCAGAGCCACCCAAGAGGUUAACUUUUUAAUU